CGUGGAGCCAGGCUUCCUUUCUCUGUGCGCCUCGCUUUCCUUCCUCGGCCGCCAUCUUGUUCCCACCGCGUGUUGGGCCGCGGAGGAGCCGCCGCCGCCGGACGCAGGAUCAGCACUAUGAAUCAAGAAAAACUUGCUAAGCUUCAGGCUCAGGUCCGAAUAGGAGGAAAGGGAACAGCUCGCAGAAAGAAGAAGGUGGUUCACAGAACAGCAACCGCUGAUGACAAAAAACUUCAGAGUUCCCUCAAAAAACUGGCAGUAAAUAACAUUGCUGGCAUUGAAGAGGUGAACAUGAUAAAAGAUGAUGGAACAGUUAUUCACUUCAACAACCCCAAGGUUCAAGCUUCCCUAUCUGCUAACACUUUUGCAAUUACUGGGCAUGCAGAGGCUAAACCGAUCACAGAAAUGCUUCCAGGCAUCUUAAGCCAGCUUGGUGCUGACAGCUUAACAAGUCUCAGAAAGUUAGCUGAACAAUUCCCAAGGCAAGUUUUGGAUAGUAAAGCACCAAAAUCUGAAGACAUUGAUGAAGAAGAUGAUGAUGUCCCAGAUCUCGUAGAAAACUUUGAUGAAGCAUCAAAGAAUGAAGCUAACUAAAUCAUUAAUAGUUCUGGAAGCUGGCAUGGACUAGAUUUAAGAAAUCAGCUAUGUGGUUCCAAAGUUUUAAAGAAACAGAGAACAUCAUCUGUUAAUAGUUCAGUAAUAUAAAUAUUUUGUAUUUUUAUGAUGCUGUUUGUUCAGCAUUUUCUGUCAGUUGAUUUUGCAUUUUGCACUUACUCCCAGGAUCUACUCUUUUGGUCAAAAAGAAAUGUCAGUGCAGUUUGAGGGGUGUGUGCAUGUGCGUGUGUGUAUGUGUGUGGGUGUACAUAUAGUGGAGAACAAAUUGGAGAACAAUUUUAUUUAACCUUUUCCCCUUUUCCUUUGGAAGUAGAAAUAAAAUGAAUCUUGAGCAUUGUUACUUUUGAUUUUCACCAAACAGUGCACAGGAAAGUAAUGAAGAUGAAAGUCUUUGUCCACAUUUCCUAACCUGAAGGCAUUGCAUCAUUAAAACUUGGGUUUAAUUUGCUGUUAACUAUUGUACUUACAAAUGUGUUUCUCAUUCCUGUUGAAAUGUACACUUGCUGUUUGUUAUCAACCUUAUGUUGAUCUGUUGAUCCCAGAUGAUAACAAAAACAAGCUGUCUUACCAGCUUGUCUGGUGCAGUAACUUAAAAAAAAAAAAAAAAAACAAAAAAAAAAAAAAAACACCCUGGUCUUAGAAGUGUGCUAUUUUUCUCCUUUUUGAACUUCUUUCUCCUCUAACCUUUUGAGUCAAGCUAAUGUAUUUGACUCCUACCAUGUAGACUUAGCAGUUUGUUCUCCUGUUAAUUAUGCAGAGUGUUUCCCAUGUCAAAAGCAGAAAGAAAGAAAAAAACCUUCAGUUCUCUACCAUGAAGUCACUUACUGAACUUGAAGGGAUAACAGUUCAGUGCACUAGUUUUGCACCGUAACAGAUUUUUGCUUGAAUAACUUCAAGCUGUUCUCUUGGCAUGACUGCAUUUACUAGCAGCUGAUGAUCCACUGUCAUUCUUUAUGGCACUAGAAAUUAAAUGCACCAUGUGAGCAAUGUAAAUUUUAGGUGGGAAGAAAGAGUUGUUGAUGUUUUGCCUUGCUUCCUGCUAGGCAGUUUGCGCAAUGACUAGCUCUAAAGGGAUCUUUUUUGCCUGUAUUUUACCUUUGCCUGUAACCUACCUCUAGGUUUGGUGUCAUCUGUGUAGUAGCUUAUUAAAAUCACAAAUGCUCUUUGGGCAUAAAGAGGCUGUUGGGAGGUACCGUUGGUACAGUGCAGUAUUUAUGACCUUCCUUUAAAAUGCUUAAUGUGAAUUCUUUUUUCAGAGGCUCUUUCAAGGUUCUUGAUGUAAUGAGCAUUAUUACAGUAUAGUUAGACAUCAUUGUAACCUGUGUCAGGGGCAGCUGUGGCUUAAGAAAGCCGUUUUUCCUCUACGUUUGGCAUCUAACUGUAGCUUAAUUGAAACGUAUCAGCUUUUUAUGUAGGUUCACACAUUAGAGAACUGUAAGUUACAAGGUAAACUGUACAUGAGCUCUGGUAACAUCAAAGAACCAGGAUAGCAGAGCUGUAGUGGUUUGUCAGCUGGACAAUUUAUUUUCUAGGUUUUGUUCAUUUUUUUUCCUGUUACAUUUUAUAUACUACAUGCAUCUUACUACAAAAUAAAAUAAUAGUACAAAAGAGGAAUUGCUCCCUCUUGUGUGUUGUCCCCCUCUUCCCAUUAGUACCAGCUGAGGAAAAACAGGCGGCUGCAGCUGCUGUUUAAAACAGUAGUACAGCCUCGGUGACGGCUUAGGGAGGACCCUCAGAGCCUUAGGACUUGCACUCCCCUAUACUUGCUCUCUUCGACCCUGUAGCACUGAAUGAAACCUUAGCCUGUUGAGUGGCUAAUCUUGAAUCAGCUGCAGCUUCACUUGCCCUCUUUGUAAGGAAGAAAUGGUUCCUCAUUUGUGUGCACACAGGCUGAUGGAAUUGCCUUCUGCUGCCUCUGCCACCUCAGUGAGCCACUGCAGCUUCUAGGAAGCAGGUGUCUGCAGCCUUUCACUUGCUUCAGGGGCAUAAGUGAAGAGCAUUUCAAAGCAGCAACUGUGCUGACUUUAUGGGGUGCUCUCCUUGCUGCCUGCAGUACUAAUCAGAUACUGAAAAAUCAUUGGUUUCUGAUGUAGGAAGUAUGUUGAAAGUAAUUUUCUGAGGGAGUAAGCAUUGGAAAUAAAAAUUCAGUAAGUUUAUAUAGUUGAAGUUCCUGAUUCUUAAAAAAAAAAAAAAAAAAAAAAAAAAAAAAAUCAUUUCAUUUUUGUGCUUGGUCAUGACAACUUACAUGUUAAACCUUCAUUUCAUUUUUGUGCUUGGUCAUGACAACUUACAUGUUAAACCUUCACUCUUUCCUAUGUUUGAAAACCAGUAAACUGUCUAAAUAUACUAGCUUAUGUGGUUAUAUUAUCUUCAGUUUUUCAUUGUAUCUGAAAACAGCCAACCACUUCUGAUUUGCUGCUGAAAUACUAGAGCUUAUCAAUCAUUAAACUGAUUUUAAUUAAAAAUAACCCAUCAAGGCUCUUGUGGAGAAA